AUGGCAGAAAGAAAGCGACAAAAUCAACAUCAACCGAUUACAAGCUUUUUCGCAAAUUUAUUAAUUUUCUUUGUAUGUACUGCUGCAGAACGUCGUACAAUAGAUGAUCCGUCUAUUACGUCAACAGGAACGCCAUCACCUGCGACACUUCUCCAUGGAACUGAGAUAGACAAUUAUGUCCGUCUGUCGUCAACAUCAGUAAGAGAUGCAACAAAGUUUUUUGUCCUUAGCAACAGAGAACCUAAUGGAACAUUUAAAUUCCCACCUAAACAAUACAGCAGUAAAACGCACAAGUCUGGCUAUGUUAACAGAUUUUGUCAGAGAGAAUGGUUUAAAACCUUUCCCUUUAUCACUUAUUCAGAAAAGUCAGAUGGUUUGUAUUGCUUACACUGCAUACUAUUUCCUGACAACUUACAUCGUCGCUCCAAAAAAUUAAUAACAAAGCCAUACAGAAAUUGGAAGGAUGCUGUAACUGAUUUGAAAGAUCACGCUUCGUGUGAAUACCACAUAAAUUCGUCAGCCAGAGCUCAUUCUUUCGUGGAAACAUUUACCAAUGUUGCAAAGAGGAUAGAUGUGCAAAUAUCCGAUGAAUCUACCAAGCAAGUGCAACAAAACCGAGCAGUGUUGGCAUCAAUUAUAAAAUGCCUUGAAUUUUGUGAUCGACAGGGGAUUGCAUUGAGAGGUCACAGAGAUGAUUCCACAUCAUCUAGUAGCAACAAGGGAAACUUCAAAGCCUUACUUGAAAUGCGUGCCGAAGCUGGGGAUAAAGUACUCAAACACCAUUUAUUGAACUGUUAUAAAAAUGCCUCAUACAUAUCAAAAACGUCCCAGAAUGACCUAUUAUUCUGUAUGAAAACUGUAAUUCAAAACCACAUUGUUAAACAAAUUAAAACCCAACCGAUGGGACCAUUAUAUGGCAUACAAUUUGACGAGGUUACUGACAGCAGUAAUUGGGAGCAGUUGGGACUUGUUCUAAGGUAUACUGUAGGGCAUAAACCAGUUGAACGUUUGUUUGAAUUUUUGCCAUGUGAAUCUAUCACUGGAGAAGCUCUAUGCCAGAAAGUCAUCGAUGCUCUUUCGGAUGUUGGGCUUGAAAUUGCAAAUUGUCGAUCCCAGACAAUGGAUGGGGCUGGCAACAUGGCUGGGAAGAACAAAGGCCUGGCAGCACAUUUCACCCAGCAAUCCCCUCGAGCAGUGUACCAUUAUUGUUGGAGUCACUAA